GUACAUCAACAGCUUUUGCAGGAAAUACACAUCAAAUCGGAAAAUAAAAUCAACAAAAUGAUAAGCGUGUAAAAAGAUAGUGCAAUAGAAAAAAUUAUCAAUUAAAUGCAAAAUUUUUAAAACGAAAAAAAUCUAUUAAAUUGUGAAAAUUAAAAAGAAAAAUUAUUAUGAAUGUUUGGCCCAAUGUAGCGGGCAUAUUUUUAGCCUGUCUAACACUAAUAAAUGCUCUGCCAGAUGUGAUAAAAAUUGGUGGCCUUUUUCAUCCCACCGAUGACAACCAGGAGUUGGCAUUUCGUCAGGCAGUUGAUCGUAUAAAUGCAGAUCGUAUGAUUUUACCACGUUCCAAACUAGUGGCUCAAAUUGAGAGAAUUUCACCAUUUGACAGUUUUCAUGCAGGCAAAAGAGUAUGCGGUCUCUUGAAUGUGGGAGUAGCUGCAAUAUUUGGUCCUCAAUCUACACACACGGCUAGUCAUGUACAAAGUAUAUGUGAUAAUAUGGAGAUUCCUCAUUUGGAAAAUCGUUGGGAUUAUCGUUUAAGGAGAGAAAGUUGUUUGGUUAAUUUAUAUCCUCAUCCAAAUACUUUAGCUAUGGCCUAUGUUGAUAUCGUACGUUCUUGGGGCUGGAAAUCAUUUACCAUUAUAUAUGAGAGCAAUGAUGGCAUAGUACGUUUACAAGAGUUGCUUAAGGAUCAUGGACAAACACCCUAUCCCAUAACAGUUCGACAACUAAGCGAUAGUGGCGAUUAUAGGCCACUUCUUAAACAAAUCAAAAACUCUGCUGAAGGCAACAUUGUUUUAGAUUGUUCCAACGAUAAGGUCUACGAAGUUCUUAAACAGGCUCAACAAGUUGGCAUGAUGAGUGAUUACCAUAGUUAUUUGAUAACCUCACUCGAUUUGCAUACCAUCAAUUUAGAUGAAUUUCGUUAUGGUGGUACUAAUAUUACUGGUUUUCGUCUGGUAAAUGAAAAAGUCGUCAAUGAAGUUGUCCGCCAAUGGAGCAUAGAGGAGAAGGGAGUUUUACGUUCAGCAAAUUUGUCUACGAUUAAAACUGAAACUGCCUUAAUGUAUGAUGCAGUACAUUUGUUUGCCAAAGCUUUACAUGAUUUAGAUACAUCGCAACAAAUUGACAUCCAUCCCUUGAGUUGUGAUGGCCAGAAUACUUGGCAACAUGGUUUCAGUUUAAUUAAUUACAUGAAAAUUGUCGAAAUGAAAGGAUUAACGAAUGUUAUUAAAUUUGAUCAUCAAGGUUUUCGUAGUGAUUUUAUAUUGGAUAUAGUAGAAUUAAGUCCAAGUGGUGUGCGUAAAAUUGGUACUUGGAAUUCAACUAUGCCGGAGGGUAUUAAUUUCACCAGGACCUUUAGUCAAAAGCAACAAGAAAUCGAAGCGAAUUUAAAAAAUAAAACUUUGAUUGUAACAACAAUUUUGAGUAAUCCCUAUUGCAUGCGCAAAGAAUCUGCUGUUUCAUUGAGUGGAAAUGAUCAGUUUGAGGGUUAUGCUGUAGAUCUAAUACAUGAAAUUUCUAAAGCUUUGGGUUUUAGCUAUAAAAUUCAAUUGGUUCCCGAUGGAAGUUACGGCAGCUAUAACAAACAGACAGGCGAAUGGAAUGGCAUGAUACGUGAACUUUUAGAGCAGCGAGCUGAUUUGGCUAUAGCCGAUUUGACAAUUACAUUUGAACGAGAACAGGCUGUGGACUUUACGACGCCAUUUAUGAAUUUAGGUGUAUCCAUAUUAUAUCGCAAACCGGUGAAGCAACCACCGAAUCUAUUUUCAUUUUUAUCUCCCCUUUCACUGGAUGUUUGGAUUUAUAUGGCUACUGCUUAUUUGGGAGUUUCGGUUCUAUUAUUUAUAUUGGCCAAAUUUACACCCUAUGAAUGGCCUUAUACCGAUGCUCAUGGUGAAAAAGUUGAAAAUCAAUUUACCCUACUCAACUGCAUGUGGUUUGCUAUUGGUUCUCUUAUGCAACAAGGCUGUGAUUUCUUACCAAGAGCCUUGUCUACCCGUAUGGUUGCUGGUAUGUGGUGGUUUUUCACUUUAAUCAUGAUUUCAUCAUACACUGCCAAUUUGGCUGCUUUCCUAACUGUGGAACGCAUGGAUUCACCCAUCGAAAGUGCUGAAGACUUAGCCAAACAAACCAGAAUUAAAUAUGGAGCUUUAAAGGGUGGCAGUACCGCCGCCUUCUUUAGGGAUUCAAAGAUAUCCACCUAUCAAAGAAUGUGGUCGUUUAUGGAAUCAGCUAGACCUUCAGUGUUUACAGCAAGCAAUGGUGAAGGUGUUGAAAGAGUUGCCAAAGGAAAAGGUAAUUAUGCAUUUUUAAUGGAAUCCACAUCUAUAGAAUAUGUCACCGAAAGAAACUGCGACUUAACCCAAGUGGGUGGUAUGUUAGAUACCAAAUCCUAUGGCAUUGCAACACCACCGAACUCUCCCUACCGCACUGCCAUCAAUAGUGUCAUCUUAAAACUACAAGAGGAAGGCAAGUUGCAUAUUCUAAAAACAAAAUGGUGGAAAGAGAAACGAGGUGGUGGUAAAUGUCGUGUCGAAACAUCGAAAUCAUCUUCGGCAGCCAAUGAAUUAGGUUUAGCAAAUGUUGGUGGAGUAUUUGUGGUACUAAUGGGCGGUAUGGGUGUGGCAUGUGUAGUUGCAGUGUGUGAGUUUGUUUGGAAAUCACGAAAAGUUGCUGUUGAAGAACGUUUAAGUGCCAUAUUACAUGAAUGAGAAAAGUCAUAAACCCAAGACGAAUGGGUUUAAAAGUGGUUACAAUUCAUGCAAAGGAAAUCAAAUGAAAAAUCAUUUAAUGAGCAAACACUGAAACAAUAUCAAAAUUUUUUUUCUUAUCUUAAAAAUUUAAAAUAUAACAUAACUACAUAAUAACAAUUAUAAAACUGAUAAAUCUUUUUAAACCAUCAAUAAAAUACUCAUAUAACUCAAAAUUAAUUGUAGAACUUUGGUUCUUAUAUAUAGAAACCAUAGUUUACACAUACACACAUAUUUUACAAGAAAAGCAAAUCGAUUUAAAAAAACAAAACACUCAUUAAUAUUUGCAUUUAUAUACAUCUAUUUAUAUUAACUAAAUGGGAAUUGUAACAUAAUUUACGAUGUAUGUAGUUUAUUAGAUAAAUAAUAUUGUAUUUAAGAAAUGACAAAAAUAAAAGUGAUUAUAGUUUUGAUUUUUUAUUUAA